UAUAUUUUAAUAUAAAAGGAGGAUACAUUAUUUACCAUAGACACAGAAGACACCAUGCGUGUGCUCAAGAUGCAAAAAACAAUAUGGCUUAUGGCUGUCGUAAUCCAAAUGGCGGUAUCUGUAAGCAGUCAAGUAAGUACUGACUCGACCGCAUCCGAAACGACCCCGACAGCAACUACAGCAACAGCCACUGGCUCCACGGCUACCGGCUCCACGGCUACCGGCUCCACGGCCACUGGCUCCACGGCUACUGGCUCCACGGCUACCGGCUCCACGGCCACCGGCUCCACGGCCACCGGCUCCACGGCCACCGGCUCCACGGCUACCGGCUCCACGGCUACCGGCUCCACGGCCACUGGCUCCACGGCUACCGGCUCCACGGCCACCGGCUCCACGGCCACCGGCUCCACGGCCACCGGCUCCACGGCUACCGGCUCCACGGCCACCGGCUCCACGGCCACCGGCUCCACGGCCACCGGCUCCACGGCCACCGGCUCCACGGCCACCGGCUCCACCGCCGGUUCCACGGCCACGGGUUCAACGGCCUCCGGUUCCACAGCCACCGGCUCCACGGCUACCGGCUCCACGGCCACUGGCUCCACGGCUACCGGCUCCACGGCUACCGGCUCCACGGCCACUGGCUCCACGGCUACCGGCUCCACGGCCACCGGCUCCACGGCCACCGGCUCCACCGCCGGUUCCACGGCCACGGGUUCAACGGCCUCCGGUUCCACAGCCACCGGCUCCACGGCUACCGGCUCCACGGCUACCGGCUCCACGGCCACUGGCUCCACGGCUACCGGCUCCACGGCCACCGGCUCCACGGCCACCGGCUCCACGGCCACUGGCUCCACCGCCGGUUCCACGGCCACGGGUUCAACGGCCUCCGGUUCCACAGCCACCGGCUCCACGGCUACCGGCUCCACGGCCACCGGCUCCACGGCCACCGGCUCCACGGCCACUGGCUCCACCGCCGGUUCCACGGCCACGGGUUCAACGGCCUCCGGUUCCACAGCCACCGGCUCCACGGCUACCGGCUCCACGGCCACCGGCUCCACGGCCACCGGCUCCACGGCCACCGGCUCCACGGCCACCGGCUCCACGGCCACUGGCUCCACCGCCGGUUCCACGGCCACGGGUUCAACGGCCUCCGGUUCCACAGCCACCGGCUCCACGGCUACCGGCUCCACGGCCACUGGUUCCACGGCUACCGGCUCCACGGUCACCGGUUCAACGGCCGCUGGAUCCACGGCCACCGGUUCAACUGUCACCGGUUCAACUGCCGCCGGUUCAACUGCCACGGGAUCAACGGCCGCUGGUUCAACGGUCACCGGUUCCACAGCAACUGGUUCAACGGCCGCUGGUUCCACGGUCACCGGUUCAACGGCCGCUGGUUCCACGGUCACCGGUUCAACUGUCGCCGGUUCCACAGCCACCGGUUCAACUGUCGCCGGUUCCACGGUCACCGGUUCAACGGCCGCCGGUUCCACGGUCACCGGUUCAACGGCCGCCGGUUCCACUGCCACGGGAUCAACGGCCGCUGGUUCAACGGUCACCGGUUCAACUGUCGCCGGUUCCACAGCCACCGGUUCAACUGUCGCCGGUUCCACGGUCACCGGUUCAACGGCCGCCGGUUCCACGGUCACCGGUUCAACGGCCGCCGGUUCCACGGUCACCGGUUCAACGGCCGCCGGUUCCACUGCCACGGGAUCAACGGCCGCUGGUUCAACGGUCACCGGUUCAACUGUCGCCGGUUCCACAGCCACCGGUUCAACUGCCGCCGGUUCCACAGUCAGCGGUUCAACGGCCGCCGGUUCCACGGUCACCGGUUCAACGACCGCCGGUUCCACGGUCACCGGUUCAACUGUCGCCGGUUCCACAGCCACCGGUUCAACUGCCGCCGGUUCCACGGUCACCGGUUCAACGGCCGCCGGUACGGUCACCGGUUCUACAACCGCUGCUAGUGGAGCCACGACUGGUGCGGGAAACACUACUGGAACGACCGCCUCAACUGGAUCAAAUACAACCUCAACGUCUUCUACAAGCUCUACAUCCACUUCAUCAUCCACCUCAACAUCCACUUCAACAUCCACAACAACCUCAACAACCACUACAACCACAACUACACGGCCAUUAACUAUACCAAGAUGUGUGCAAAUAAAUGGGAACGUACUUGCCAAAUGUUGCACUCCAGUUGCACCACAGUUGCUUGCUUUCAGCAGAACUGAGGUCAAAACCUGCAAAUCAUCAAAAUUGAAAAUGAACGCAUUCAAAUUGUUGACACUGACCAAGCAACAAAAAACUAAUAAUAGUCCCGUUAAUUCCAUCAAUUUUAAUAGCCCGGCAGUAAAAAGGGCACUGGGAAAUUCAGCUUGCCUCGUGAAUUGUAUUCUUACCUCCAGGGGAGCUCUAACAUCGGGUGUUCUGGAUUCGAACAUGUUAAUCACACUUUUGACGGCGUCUCAAAGCCCAACGUGGACCCCUAUCAUAACCGAUGCAGUGACAAAAUGUGUCGACACAGUUGGUGCACUCAGCAUUCCCAAUUUUGUAUUUGGACGACAAUCUUGCGAUGGAACAAACUUAAUUAUCAUACAGUGCAUACUGUCGGAGUUAGCUGCAAAUUGUCCAAGCAGAGGAAUUACUAGAGCUUGCAGCAAGCAAUACCAACUAUUUGAUGGGUGCGUUGGCAGUCUCUUUACUCACGCUGUUUGGAAGCAGGUUGGUGUCAACAAGAACAAAAACCAGAUUAAGAAAGUCAAGAAGGUGAAGGUCGUCAAAGGGGACAAGGGGGCUGUUGGAUUAAACGGCGAGGAGAUAAAUAAAAACAAGAAGAAAGUCAAGAAGAUGAAAAAAGUGAAGAAAGAGAAGGGAGAAAUCAAAGAUCAAUCAGGACAAAAAGGGUCCAAAAAGAAGGUGAAGAAUGAAAAAAAUAAGAAAAUAAAGGAGAAGAAGAAGGAAGUUAAGAAACUCAAACAACAAAGCGCAGCAAAUGGAACUAAAAAGAAAGAAAAGAAGGAGAAAAAAGAGAAGAAACAACAGAUUGGUGGAAACGGGAUCAAGAAGCAAAAGAAACAAACACAGAUUGGUGAAAAUCAAAUCAAGAAGGUUAAGAAAGUGAGAAAGGAAAAGAAGGAGAAAAAACAAAAGCAAGAGAUUGGCCAAAACGGUACAAAAAAAACUAAAAAAGAAAAAAAGACAAAUAAACAGAAUCAAGCAAAUGGAGAAAAAAAGGUUAAAAAGGAAAAGAAAACCAAAAAUGGAGCGAAAAGAGAAAAGAAAGAGAAGAACGGAAAACAGGAAAAAGAAAAAGGGAAGAAGGGAAUUAAAAAGGUUAAAAAGGAAAAGAAAGUAAAGAAGCAAAAAGGAACGAAUAUAGAAAAGGCAAAUAUAAAGGUAAAAAAGGAAAAGAAAAAUCAGAAACAAAAUUUGGUGAAUGGAGCAAAAAAUGUUAAAAAAAAUAAGAAGGAAAAGAAAGCGAAGACUGAAAAGGAACAAAAACAAGGGAACGGAGUAAAUGGAAUAAAAAAGGUGAAGGAAGAGAAGAAAGCGAAUAAACAAAAAGAAUUGAACGCUAAAAAUGAUAUUAAAAAGAUAAAAAAGGAGAAGAAGGAGAUUCAAAAACAGAAGAAUAGGAAAAAUGUAAAGAAACUAGGAACGGAUAAUAAUGUAAAAACUGGGAAAGUUGAUGGAAAACAGAUUAAAAAAACAAAGAAAGAAACAGCCAAGGAGAAAAAUGUAAGGGGGAAAUCUGAACGGAAGAAUUUAAAUCAAGAUGAUCAAGGAACUAAUACCAAUAAGAAAAAGGGUGAUACAAAAGAAAAAGAGGCUAAUAUUGUCGUCAGCUAAAUGAAAGAAGUUCAGAUUCAUCGGAGGUCAUCACAGUGGAGCGCACUUGAUUUAUUCUUUAUUUUUAAUGUUUCUAUCGAUAGCUUAUGCUAUUGAUGCCUAAUUGGUUCAACCUUUAUAAUAAAAAUAUCUUUAAUGCAAAUGA